AUAAUCAGUUCAGCUCGAACAGCUAAAAACAUUUAUUUCCUUUGUGAUCGUCUCUGAUUUUAUUUUGACAGUUCCUGUCUUGCUGUGGUGUGUCUUAUUGUGAAAGUCUGGAGCAGAAAUGACGUGUCUGAUGUCGUCUGUGCUGCAGCUCCACCGACGACACACUGACGGUAAACAUUAGCAUUAGCAGCUACAGUCACAACUCCACUGGAAACCGCAGGCUAACAGCAGAAACACCCGCGACCUGACGGAGUUGAGUCCGCUGCCGGAGUGCCGCUGAGCAAACAGAGACCGUAAUGUAAGGCGAUGCUCGCUCGGCCACCAUGGCCAGUGUUACGCUGCGGUACUUCUGUUAUGGCUGCCUCGCCACCUCAGCCACUUGGUCCUUCCUCCUCUUCCUCUACUUCUCUCUGGGGGCGGAGCCCGGCGACAGCAGGACCCCUCUGCAGCACCGCAGCCAGCCAAUCACCAGGGGCCUGGCCGGGCGGAGGGCAGGGCAUCGUCUUCUGCCAGCCAAUAGGGGAGUGGAGCUGUCACCAGAGAUGGGGAUGAUAUUUAACGAGGCGGAUCAGGAGGUCAGGGACACUGGUUACCACCGACACGCCUUCAACGUCCUAAUCUCCACCAGACUGGGUCACCACCGGGAGCUGCCCGACACCAGAGACCCGCAGUGUCGGGAUAAGGUUUAUCCUCUGGCUCUACCCUCUGCCAGCGUAGUCAUCUGUUUCUUCAACGAGGCGUUCUCCGCCCUGUUGAGGACCGUUCACAGCGUGCUAGACCGAACGCCGGCCUACCUGCUGCACGAGAUCAUCCUGGUUGAUGACCACAGUGAGCUCGACGAGCUGAAGAACGACCUGGAUCGUUUGGUCAGGGAGGAGCUUCAGGGCAAAGUGAAACUGGUGAGAAACCAGAGGAGAGAAGGACUCAUCAGAGGACGAAUGAUCGGAGCCUCACAUGCUACUGGUGAGGUGCUCGUCUUCCUGGACAGUCACUGCGAGGUGAACCAGGCGUGGCUGCAGCCGCUGCUCGCCCCGAUCCAGAAAGACAGUCACACCGUCGUCUGCCCCGUGAUCGACAUCAUCUCAGCCGACACGCUCGCUUACUCGCCCUCCCCCGUCGUCAGGGGCGGCUUCAACUGGGGGCUGCACUUCAAGUGGGACCCCGUCCCCCCCUCAGAACUCAAUGGGCCCGAGGGCACCACAGGUCCGAUCAGGUCUCCCACCAUGGCUGGCGGUUUAUUCGCUAUGAACAGAAAGUAUUUCAACGAGCUCGGCCAAUAUGAUGCUGGCAUGGACAUCUGGGGCGGAGAAAACCUGGAAAUCUCCUUCAGGAUCUGGAUGUGCGGCGGUCAGCUGCUCAUCAUCCCCUGCUCCAGGGUCGGACAUAUCUUCAGGAAGCGGCGGCCGUACGGUUCACCUGGGGGGCAAGACACCAUGGCCCAUAAUUCUCUCCGGCUAGCGCAUGUAUGGAUGGACGAGUACAAGGAGCAGUAUCUGUCCCUGCGUCCAGAGCUGCGCGAGCGCAGUUACGGUGAAAUCAGUGAGCGCGUGGCGUUGAGGAAGCGGCUGCAGUGUCACUCAUUUCAUUGGUACCUGGACACCAUCUACCCUGAGAUGCAGGCUGUCGCCAAUGGCAACAGGCAGCAGCCGCCACUGUUCAUCAACAAAGGUCUGAGGCGUCCCAAAGUCCUGCAGAGAGGACGGCUUCGUAACCUAGCAACCAGUCGUUGUCUCGUGGCCCAAGGUCGAGUCAGUCAAAAGGGCGGAGCCGUAGUCCUGCGGCCAUGUGACCCCCGUGACCCCGAACAGGUGAGUCGACCACAUUACCACAGACAACUAAAGCCUA